AAAUUUUCUUAUUGGGGAAGCAAACGGACGUCGUGAGCUUCAAACAUGCAAUCCAAACUUGCUCCAAAAGGUAUCUUAAUAGAGCGCCUUCUGGAGUUGAAAAAACUUAGGAACACUUAUGGUGGUUUGAGAGCAAAGAAAACCAAGCGCUUGGUGGAAGCUGCGAAGGAAACCAACUCACCCGGUUACGAGCUACUGAAGAGUCUGGAACUUCGGUUGCAGACUAUUGUUUUUAGGACUGGCUAUUGUAAAAGUAUACGAGCUGCACGUCAACUUGUGUCUCACGGACACGUGCGAAUCAACGGUGACCGUGUAGUCCAACCAAGUUACCGUGUAAAGGAAGGACAGUUCAUUACUAUCGAUCCCCACAUUGGCUUGUGUAGGUUACCUGCAAACCCAGCUUUUGAUCCUGAAAUAUCAAAGUUUAAGAAACCAGAAGAAUGUGAUGUUUAUAUCAGUCCCCCUUAUCUUCUUGUACACCCAAAGUAUCCGGUAGCUACGUUGUUACGAGAACCAAGCCCUGCAGAAGUCAAGGUGAUAAGCAAUCUUCUUCAGGUGAAACCUUAUAGAAUAUGUAAUAUUUUUUAAAAUAUUUUGAAAAUUUAUGAUAUUAAA